AUGCACCCAACUAUCGAUGAGUACAAACCCUAAAAAACGCAAGUUCAAAUCAACAAACUCAGUCACAACUCUCCAGGGUUUAGGUAUUUAUCAGAAUAUCUGAUUCAGAGGAUGAUAUAAUGAUUCAACCUGAGACAAAGAAAGUUAAACUCAACGAUACUGAACUUAUAGACAAGAUCAGCGAUUUACCGGAUUGCAUUAUACUUCACAUACUUUCACUUUUGAAUACCAAAGAUGCAGUUCAAACUUGCAUUCUUUCGGUAAGAUGGAAGGAUCUAUGGAAACGUCUUCCUGCACUUAUAUUCCGUAGAUCAGGCUUUUCAACUAAAAGCAGAUUCACCAAAUUUGUGUCUAAGGUUUUAUCUCUUCAUGAUUCCUCAUCAGCACUGCAGUAUGUGGAUUUCGAUAAUGAUGGGUGCUUGGGGCCUCAUCUAAUCGAGAUGGUUGUGAAUUAUGCUAUUUCACACAAUGUCCAGCAAUUAGGGCUCUGUGUGAAUUGUAACAUUGCACAAAUUCCUCUUGCAUUAUUUUCAUCUCAGACUUUAACACAUCUUAGGCUUUCUAUUUACUAUCAAGACAUUGACAUUGCACAAUUUUCUCUCAAUUUGCCAGCAUUAACCCAUCUUAAGCUUAUACUUUCACUUUACCCUUCUGGAGACGAAAUAUUGUUUCCAAAAUCUUUCAAUUUACCUUCAUUGACAAACUUGCAUUUGGAGGAUUUUGCUUUUUGCCCAGGCGAGAAUGGACGCGCCGAACCAUUUUCAGUCUUUAAAAGGUUGAAUAGUUUGCUGCUUUACGGUUUCGCUUUGAGGGAUACACUAACCCUUUGCAUAUCAAGUGCAACCCUUGUCAACUUGACUACGAAAAAUUACUCCGAUGAUUAUUCUGAAAUUGAGCUUUUAACUCCAAAUCUUGUUACCUUUGCUUUUUAUGGUAGACCAUGUCAGAAAGUCUUUGGAAGUGAUCUCUCUAAUGUUAAGCAUGUAGAUAUUGAUGUACCAGUUUUUUUAUUGGAUAUCAAGCCUUUCUUACUACUUAGCUGGUUGUUAAAUUUUGAUAAUAUAAAAUCAUUGACAGUCAGUACAAGUGCUCUUCAGGCUCUCUCCUACGAUUCUAAUUUAUUGAAGAUCAAGCACGCUUCCUUUGGUAAUUUGAAGUCUUUGAAAGUGAAAAAGAAACCAUGUGUUUAUUGGUUGAAACGGAAACUGUUAGAGGCGAAGUUAGUGAACAAGGAACCAGAUGGAAUAGUGGACUUCUUGAUUCAAAAUUCUCCAUCAGCUGAAGUUGAAAUUAUUGAUUGCUCAUGAUGAAAAACAAAGUCAACUUCUUAAGAGAGAUUGUUAUCAUUGGAUUUGUUUUGCUUGAAGUAAGCAGUGAAUGGUGAGUAUAGUAUGUCAAACUGUUUACUGCAGCAAGCUAGUUUUAUCACUUCUGCAAUCGAUACCGCUUUUUGCGUAUACUUUCUGCAUUCUGAGUAUGCUGUAUUUGUAAUGACAUAAGACUAUA